AUGUUGGUUCCUCCGGCUGGUUUUGGAAUUGCUGAAGAAGGUAUUUAUCGAUGUUCUAAGGUAGAGACAUUAAAUUUGUCCUUUUUAGAAACAUUAAAUUUAAAGACUAUAUUAUUUAUUGGUGGUCAGGAACCAUCUAAAUUUUUUAAAGAUUUUUUCAAUAGGUCCUCCAUUAAUUGGUCUGUAUUAAGAACUGAAGAUCUUUCGUCUGCUUCUACUAUAUCUACCUUGGAUAAUCAUAGACGUAUAAAGUCUCAUCUGACUUCACCUAAUGGAAACAAUACAGAAAUACAGUCAAGCCCCCCAACCAAGACUUUUGUAUCUCAAAAUAAUGUAACCUUUAAUGCCAUUAAAAACAAUAAUAUACCAAUAGAAAAUAGUUGUAUAACUAAGGAUACUGAUAAUACUAAUCAUCAUUAUAAUGAAAAUCCAGAUAUAUCCAUGGACACUUCAAUUAACAUACCCCUAACAGAAAAUAACGAUUUAAGUAUUAACACCCAACCACCCUUCAUACUAAAUGAUUCUUCUGAUUUAAUGUUAAUUAAAUCAACAUGUCUGAAGAAGACAUUCCAAAAACUACUAAAUUCGAAAUGUUAUAAUUUAUUGUUAGUCGACAAAACCUCAUUGAUAGUAGGAAUCCUAAGAAAAAUCCAAAAAUGGAAUAUAUCUUCGAUAUUAAACGAAUAUAGGCUUUAUUCAGGGAAACAUAGUUCGUAUUUUGCUGAGACCUUUUUGGAACUAGUUGACAUUAGAAUUGAACAGGACCAUGAAACACUAGAUGCAGAAGAAACAAUAGUCAAAAAUUUUGACAUAUCACCCAAUAAAUCGAAUAUUAUUCCAUUUGAACCAAAAAAACCAUCUAAUUGUAUUAUAGUAUCGGAAGAAGAUCUUUGCGAUCCUCCAGAAGUACCGAAAAGAUUAAUUAAUAUGAUUUUAGAGGCAGAACAAAAUGAACAACUGGAAAUUCUGAGAAAGUCUGUUGGUAUAUUUUCCAAAAAACUAGAUAGACAUAAUUCAGAUUUAGGAAUAUUUGGUCAUAAGUAUAGGCUUGCAUUUAAUAAGAAAGACAACGGAAAUUAUGAAUAUUAUAAAUCUUAUAAGUCAAGACAUCAAAAGUCAAAAAAAUACAGAAACCAAAGGGAUCAAACUACAAACAACAAUAAUAAUAUUCGAAAGAAAGAAGAAGAAAUAGAAGAAGAAGAAGAGGAAGAAGAUAUAGUAACGUUGAAUAUACCGAAGGAGUCCCUACUUCCUUCAUGGUUUACAUAUCAAAGGGAUUUAUGGGAACAGGAGAAUGUCCCAGAAGUACAUCACUUUUACAAAGAGUAUAUAUUUGUUUAA